UUUUAUAUUCUUCGUACGUGUUUAUUGUGAACUAUUUUCCUAAAUUCACUUCACUGAUUUGCAAAAGGAGCUGAGGCAAUUAAAAACUAAUUAGUUAUAAAAGUUUCGACUGAAUGUGAAAUCAAAACAUAAAUAGUCGGUAGAAACAAAAGUCAGUGAAUUAUUAGCGCGCAAGUAGGCGAGAGAAACUCAAAUGCAAUAAAAAUAAACUAGUAUUAUAUCUCAAAUUGAGUUUGGCCAUUUAACUGACGUGUCAACAAAACUGCAAAUCAUUUCACCUCUUUCGUAAAAAAUAGCUUUAUUACAACAUUCCCAGCAUAGAUCUGGCGCAUUCCAGCAACAGUAUGCGACGGAACAAUUAUCCCUACCAACCACUUAAUCAGACAACAGGGCAGAGCGCGCUGCCACACGAUGCUCUUGAAGAAGAGAACGAACGCGCUGCAGAAGAUCUAAAACAUAAAAUCGGAGCGUUAAAAUCACUCACUAUAGAUAUUGGAAAUGAGGUGCGCUACCAAGACAAGCUAUUGCGCGGUAUUGAUGAUGAUAUGGAUCGGACGGGUGGCUUCCUUGGCAACACAAUGGCGCGUGUGGUACGACUGGGGAAGAAUGGAGGCAGUCGCCACAUGUGCUACAUGUUUCUAUUCAUACUGUUCGUAUUUUUAGUACUUUAUGUUGUUAUUAAAAUUAAGUGAAUACAUCGCUAGAGGCGAAAUGGUGUAAAGAAAAUUAGUUAAAAAAUAUUAACCGCAACUGAGAUCAAUUCUCUUCAAACUGUUUGUUGCAUGCAGAUUGAAAAAAUUGAUAAAACGCAUGAAGUGAUAAUUUCACAAGAUUGCGAAUAUAAAAGAAUAAACUAUUUUUGUAAACAUAAAAAAUA